AUGAUGGCGCCCUUGGGAGAUGCAGACCACUGCCGUGACAAGGCGCGCAAAGAUCUGGUUGCCCUGCUCGAAGGCGCCAGGGGCAAGAAGAACCUCGUUAUCAGCCAGGAGCUGGCUGGUCCGGUCGGAUUAUUCGUCAAAUUUUCCGUCCUCCAAGAAUAUGGCGUAGACCGCGUGUUUUUGCUGGAAAAUGCAAACAUCGACUCGUCUCAGCGCAAUGUCGUCUUCCUCGUUCGUGGCGAGAAGGCGCAGCAUGUGCGCACGGUAGCUGAACAAGUCAAACGUCUACGGACCAAUGGAAAUGUUGAACAUGAAAUCACCAUCAUUUUCGCUCCCCGACGAACCCUGGUGAGCAAUGCCGUGCUGGAAGAGGCCGGUAUCAUCGGAGAUGUCAACAUUGCCGAACUGCCGCUCUACUUUUUGCCCUUGGAACAGGACAUCUUAUCAUUAGAGCUGGACGAUGCUUUCAGUGAUUUGUACCUGAAUAAGGACCCAGGAUGCAUAUUCCAUUCAGCAAAAGCCCUGAUGGGUAUCCAACAGAAGCAUGGCUACUUCCCUCGCAUUGUCGGAAAGGGCGACAAUGCACGUCGCCUAGCUGAUCUUUUGCUGCGUAUGCGCAAAGAGCUUGAUGCUGAAGAGAGCUCUGGCCUUGCAGACCCAUCUGCUCGAGGCCUGCUCCCGAGCGCAGAUACAGAAAACCUCAUCAUCAUCGACCGUGAUGUUGAUUUCGGAACUCCGCUCCUGACGCAGCUAACCUACGAAGGUCUGAUUGAUGAAUACGUCGGCAUCAAGAAUAACCAGGCCGAUGUCGACACCAGCAUUGUGGGACAGGCUCCUACGCCACAGUCCCAAGAGUCAUCUAAGACACCCCAGCAGGCCAAACAGGGACUAAAAAGAAAGAUCCAGCUGGAUGCGUCAGAUACAUUAUUCAACCAACUCCGAGAUGCGAACUUUGCCAUUGUUGGCGACAUCCUGAACAAGGUGGCUCGUCGUUUGGAAAAUGAAUACGAGACCCGGCAUUCAGCCAAGACCACAAACGAGCUUCGAGACUUCGUCAACAAACUACCCACUUAUCAGCUAGAACACCAGAGUCUUCGCAUCCACACCAACCUCGCAGAGGAGAUUAUGAGACUCACUCGCUCCGAGACCUUCCGCAAAGUAUUGGAAGUCCAGCAAAAUAAUGCCGCAGGCGCCGAUCCCACCUAUCAACACGAAACCAUCGAGGAACUCAUCGCACGAGACGUCCCGCUGAAAAGCAUCCUUCGUCUGCUAUGUCUUGAGUCCUGCAUGUCCGGUGGACUCCGCCCACGCGACCUGGAGAACUUCAAGCGCCAAGUCGUCCAAGCCUACGGCCACCAACACCUCCUAACCUUCUGGGCCCUGGAAAGGAUGGAGCUCCUUCAACCCCGAUCCUCUGCUACCACCAUGCUCCUCCCCACAUCCGGCGCCCAAGCCGGCACCAAGACCAACUACGGAUACCUGCGGAAGAAUCUACGCCUGGUAAUCGAGGAAGUCAGCGAAAAAGACCCCAACGACAUCUCUUACGUCUACAGUGGAUUCGCUCCACUCAGCGUGCGGCUUGUCCAAUGCGUGCUGCAAAAACCCUACAUCCUCUCCCUAAUCAAGGGCGGAUCCCCUGCCGCGUCAGUAAACAACGCUAGCACUGCCUCUCCCGGAUGGCUCGGCUUUGAGGAUGUCGUCAAGAGCGCUCGCGGCUCCACUUUCAGCCUUGUCCAAAAAGGCGAUGAUAAAGCUGUACGGGCCCGCCAGACCCUCAGUGGAAACGCCGCUACAAAGACGGUGUAUGUAUUCUUUCUUGGCGGUAUUACUUUUACGGAGAUUGCUGCGCUGCGCUUUAUUGCUGCCCAGGAGGCUCCCCGCAGACGGAUCAUCAUUUGCACGACUGGCGUCAUUAGUGGCGACCGUAUGAUGGACGUUGCUAUUGAGAAGGGUAGUUUUUCCAAGGCUGAGUAA